AUGGCUGACUUGCUGAGCAUGCUGGGCAGCCGCCGCAGCCAGAAGGUGCGCACCACUGUCAAGCACGUCGAGGCCCAGGACGGCGACACGUGGAUGAUCAACGAGUACCGCGUCCUGGGCGUGCUGGGUGCGGGGUCCACUGGCGAGGUGCUCAAGAUGCGCAAGCGCACGGGCGUCAAGAAAUUCGGCAAGAAGCGUGACGACGGGCAGCUCUCGCCCGCCAUCAUGCGCGAAAUCGCAGUCAUGAAGAAGAUGCAGCACAGCAACAUGCUCCGGCUCUACGAGGUGAUCAUCAACCCCACCGACGACCUGCUGUUCCUGGUAAUGGAGCUGUGCGAGAACGGGCAGCUACUGGACUGGGACUGCGACCGGGCAGUCUUCACCUGCCGGCGUGCGUUACCCGGCAUGCGGCGGGUCGUCCGGGACUGUGUCAAGGCUCUGCAUUUCAUGCAUCUCCAGAAUAUCUACCAUCGCGACAUCAAGCCCGAAAACAUCCUCUUCGAUGUCUCGGACGUGGCCAAGUUCGCGGACUUCGGACUGUCCCUGACCGGUGAUGGCAAGGUCGAUGACUUUGUCACUGAUAUCCAGGGCACUGAGGCUUUCUACCCGCCUGAGUAUGUCCAUGCUCUCAAGGGCGACGGUAUCUGGAAAUUCAAGGGCAAGGCCGCUGACAUCUGGGCCCUGGGAGUGACCUUCUACGCCUUCGCCUUCAAGCAGCACCCGUUCUUCUCGGCCUCAGAUGACCGGGACACCAUGCUCCAGCGCAUCUGCACUGAGCAAGUGAGCUUCCCCUCCGGCGCAGACGUGGACUUCAUGCGACUGAUCUCACGGAUGCUAGCCAAGGCCCCGAGCGAGCGCAUCACCAUCGACGAGAUAAUAAACCAUCCCUUCGUGAACGAGGACGAGCAGCCUCUCUCCUACGAAAUCAAGGACGAAAUCGUGCGGGUCAGCAAGGAGGAAGUCCAGACCUGCUACUCGGUCUACUCGAUCCAGCUGGCCCACCGGUUCAUCAAGAAGAUGCGAACCCGCAUCGCAAAAGAGGAGGACGUUCCUGUCCGCGACAAGAAGGAGGAACAGCCCCAGCGGCUAGAGCGCAUCCACUCCGUCUACAACCACUUCAAAGAGCACAAGCUCACGCUCAUCCACCGCCCGGAUUUCUUCGACUCGGUCAAGGUCGAGCUGCGUGGCCCGCAUAGCAGCAACCUGUUCGUGCGGCGCGAAAACCUGCCACAGGAGGGACUGACAGACCUGCUGGUCAACAGUCUGGUGCUCAACCAGGGCGAGGCCUGGCUGGAAGGACUCUAG